AUGUCUCUGCGACAUAUCACGUAUACUCCGCAGACACACACUGCAAGCAGCUCUCAAAUUUCAGCAUCUCCCAGAGCCCUCAAGGACGGCAAUCUAUGUUUCAAGCUCCCUUCCCUUUCCCUCGCCACCAGCGACAGCAUUUUUAAUAAAAUGAGCAUCCAAUUUCCCUGCAACGAAGCUGCUCCGGGCCCUGACAUGAUAUUCAUCAACAAAGGACGCGAGAAAACUACGGAUCUGGUCGUCAGACCCAAUCCCCUGGCUCAAGCACACACCUCACACGCGCCCAGCCAGCUAGUCUGUGUGAAAAACCCACCCAGGCACAACAACCAAUCCCUUCGUCAACCUGGAGGAGUCGGAAACGAAGGUCAUGUAAGACUGGGCCGUGUGCCUCUUCGCGACCAUUGCGGCAAGCGGGAGCUGGCAGCGGCAGCGAGGAUCUUGACCUUCUACCUGGAGAGCCUGCUGCUUAUACUCAUCGGCACUGUCUGCUAUAGUAUUCACUAUACAAUAAUCCACUACCAAAGCCGACCCGAUACGACAGUUGGACAGGUCGGACUUUACAAAAAGUACAUCAUCAUGACAGACUAUGUGACUGCUCCUGUUGUCGACUCAGACAUACAACCGAUACCUCCGCCUUUUAUAUCAUAA